UCAAGAUGAAACAGUACUUGUUGAUUGCAUUAGUUGGUCUAAUUUGGUGUGUUUGUUUCGGUUGUGCAGAGGAAUAUUCGAUUCCGGAAGUACGAUUUGAAUAUUUAAAACCAAUGGGCUUUAGAGCAAGUAUUCCAGAUAUCCCCGGCAUCAAGCUAUUUGCAUUUCACGCUCGUCUGAACAAACCUUUUCAACAGUUUGAGCAGGGCGAUUUUACCGAGGAUGUUUCGGAACCAAUUGGAGAUCGGUUGGUUUUCGAAACCACCAAAGUCAGUAUGCUAGAGGGACAUCAUAUUUACUAUUGGUACUACAUUCAGUACGAAGAUCGUGGGUAUGUGGUAGCGAACAAGAAACACACCAUACGAAAGGAUUCACCCACAACAAAGAGUGCAACUACAACUACAACAACGACAACCACUACGACUACAACUACUACGUUGAAACCAAAAAAUACAAAAGCAACACCCAAACCGACACCCAAAGCAACACCAAAAGCGAAGACCAGCCCAGCCACCACCACCACGAGUACAACCACUUUGCCUCCGUGUGAGCCAACGGUAACUACGGUGAAUGGAGGAUCAACCUGUUCUGGCCAGUUAAUCUUUGAGGAUACGUUUCAAACGCUGGAUUUGAAGAAAUGGCAGCGGGAAAUUCGGAUUCCAUUGGAUACAGAGUCCGCGGAAUUCAUCUCCUACCAAGACCUGCCGGAAAAUAGCUAUGUGGCCGGUAAUCAUCUAUUCAUCGUUCCCACACUGCUCAACAUGAAUCCUGACUAUAACGACGAACGCAUUCGGACAGGGGAGCUAACUCUAUCAGGCUGUAAAUCACCCACCAACAACGAGUUCGAGUGCCGGCGUAAGGCAGCACUUUCCACCAUUCUACCGCCAGUCGUUUCGGCAAAGCUGAACACCAAAGAGAGCUUCCGGUUCCGCUACGGUCGGGUGGAGAUUCGAGCAAAGUUGCCCAAGGGAGACUGGAUUUUUGCACAACUACUUCUUCAGCCAGCGGAAAAUUACUACGGCUAUGCAGAUCUGGCCUCGGGAAUGUUUUCGGUAGCAAGCGCCUUAUCUAACGAAGAGCUGAUCACACGCGAAGGUAUUCAAAUUGACGGACGCCGAUUGCGGGGUGGUGUCAUAAUCACCAAUCAACCGAGGUUACGUGAUGCCUUCCUGAAGGCCAACGUGCUGGACGAGCAUUUUGGGGACAAUUUUCACACCUAUGGAUUGACCUGGAGACCGGAUAGUAUUGUGUUAACAGUCGACGGAUUCCAGUAUGCAAGUCUAAGGAGUAGGUUUAAGGAUUAUGGAACUAGCAACAAUCUAACGCAGGCUAAGCUGUGGAACCCGGAAAAUACGAUGUCACCUUUCGAUCGAGAGUUUUACAUCUCGCUUGGUGUGGGAGUUGGUGGAGUCAGAGAUUUCCCCGAUUUUAGUAAAACUGGACCACAGGGAUCUGCUAAGCCUUGGAACAAUACCAGCCCUAAAGCGGAGUACUUUUUCUAUCAGAACCGAAAUGUUUGGUACAGAACUUGGACCGAUCCCGAGCUUAAGGUUGACUACGUACGAGUGUAUGCGUUAUGAUAUGUUGGAAGUAACUUGAUUUAGAAUAUUGAA